AUGCUUGCAGAGAAGUUUGACUAUACUUAUUGGCUCAUUCUUUACCGAGUCACUGAAGCUGAAUCGCCAUGGGUUGAAGCAGGCAAAUUCAGCGGUAGCUGGCCUGACAGAAAUUUUCCGAAAACGGCGCAGCGGACCAGUGAAGGAGAACGACAACAUGACCCACCACCAUUGAGUGUGAAGGGGCUUCUCCGAAAGCCGCAAUUUGAAAAGCAGCUGGGAGCCAACCAAGCUCUACCGAAAGCUCUACCAAAAGCUCUGCCGAAAGCUAUACCAGCCUCAGGGCUACAGUCCCUUCAUCCAGCCUUCAGCGGCCAAUCUCGACUGCAAGUUUCUCCCCCAUCCUAUGUCUAUCCCUGGGAAGCACCGGACAGAACUGCAGAGAGUGAGGCGAGGGACCGAGAUCUGCAUUCUCAGGGACCUUCACCCAGAUCAGCAAGGUCAGGGCACUCAUGGCACUCUGCCUCCGGGCCACUGGGCACCUCUGCACCGCUUUCCCCUCCAGAAGAUGAGCCAAGCUUUGUGGUACCUGCUCAACAGCCGGCGCGAGAUGCCAUUUGCACCAUUCCUGCCAAAGCUGAGGAGGAGCUGAAAGAUUAUUCCCGAAGCAGAACCGAUGAUGGUACCGGAAAGCAAUAA